GAUAGACAAUAUUAGUGUAGUAAGGAAUUGAUAGUCAGGUACGUAAAACCAACACUGUCCAUGAUGUGAAGUUGGAGAUUCAAGAGUUUAUGAAUGGGAUAAAAACUGGGCCAACAUACCAGGAGCCACUGGUAGCCUGGAAUCAAGACAGAUAGUUCCAGUCAGAUGGAGCCCGGUCUGGUGGGAUAUCUCAGAAGAACUGGCGCAUGAUUUUGCAACUUUUAGCAUGGAAUCUCGGUUUUUCGAGUGUCUAGAACUGACAGUAACACAUGAAGCUGUAAAAGAAGCUGUGGCCAAUUUCAGUAAUAACAAUAAUGCUACUAUCUUCUACGACUGCAUAGAGGUGUCUGACAAGGAGCAAACCCGAACUCUGGGAUGUUCUUCACACAAGAAGCAAUCUCAAAUUGUAAAUAGUUCUACUUGCCUGGGUCCUGGGACUUCGCCUAACGUUUCGUGUAAUAACAGCAAACAAUUUAUGUCCAGAUCACAAUAUGAUAACUUGUCAACCAACUGUUUCCAGGGACAACUAAAAUUUUCUUUGGUGGGGGAUAGGAACAAUUGUCAGAUAUCGGACUCAAAAUUCUUGCAGUAUUCUUUACGACCGAAACCAAAUACCGAACAAAUAAGAAUAAAAACCGAGAGCAAGUCUCUUUCUCAAAUUCUCUCGGAACAAACAUUGCUGUGCGAAAAUGUGAGUGUUCAUUCCAGACGAAACGAUUUGAACAACAGCAAUGAGAUGACCAUGGGGACAGCCUCAGGCGGCUACGCACCUCGCCAAAAUGUACCCAAGGACUUAGAAAACAUCGUGGCUCAGCGGAAGCGCAUGCGAUUCCAGUUAGAAGCCAUGCUGACUUGGGCGGUCAUCCAGUUUGUGGCCUUGGUGGCGCUGUUCCUGUUCGCUACGACGUGUCGCUGUAGUUUCCAGGCCCUGUUCCCGUGCUUUGGAGGAAAUAAGUGCUCCAAGGCUUCAUCAGAGGAGGUGGAAACGUCGGGGAGUAGCUGGUGGUAAAGGUUGAGUGAGACGGGGAAUGGGUGUGUGUGAGAGGUGGGGGGGGGGG